AUGAAAAGCUGGCUAGAAACCGCCAGCAGCAUGGAGGACGGAUCGUUACCCUGCAUGCUGGCUGAACCAAGGGAGGCCUUACUACCAAUUACUGGCAGAGAGAAUUUGGCUCCAAGAAAGAGAGAUAGAACAUUAGAGCCAUGCUCUUUAUCCGAAGAUGCAUAUUUAUCAAGCGGAACGGGGUCACCAUGCGCCGGUCUUUCUCGUGAAGAACGGAGACGAAGACGACGAGCAACUUUAAAGUAUCGAACCGCUCACGCAACAAGAGAAAGAAUCAGAGUGGAAGCCUUCAACGCUGCUUUUGGAUCUCUUAGAAGACUUCUCCCAACAUUACCACCGGACAAAAAACUUUCCAAAAUAGAAAUACUUCGAUUAGCUAUUUGUUACAUUGCUUAUCUCAAUCAUGUUUUAGAUGCAUAA